AUGGGUGGAAGAAUGGUCAUUGAUACUCCAGCUAAUGAGUCAGUGACUACUUCUUUAGUUUGUUUGAAUUUACAUUUGACAAUAUAUGGUAGGGACUUUGGUAUUAACAUAGUUUUCUUACCAUUGAGUCAAAUUGAUGUUAUAUUGGGUAUGAACUGGUUAAAGUUCAACUGUAUUUAUAUCAACUGCUAUAAGACGAUGUUAUUGACUGAGUUUGUGGAAGAGAAAGAUCCCCAAUUUAUGUCUUCUAGACAAGUAGAAGAGUUCUUGAAAGAUGAAUCUCAAGUGUUUGCAAUGUUUACUUCUUUGAAAGUUGAACGUAAAGCGGUGUUGGACGAUCUUCCUGUAGUGAGUGAAUUUCCACUUGUGUUUCCAGGUGAUAUUAUUCAUUUACCACCAUAG